AUGGCUAUGAAGGCCUCUGGCCGGUGCUCGGUGAGCGAGAGAAUGAAGCUUAAAAGGCUCCUGCUCCGAUAUUAUCCUCCAGGCAUCAUUCUAGAAUAUGAAAAAAGUGGAGAACUAAAGACCAAAUCCAUAGACUUACUUGAUCUCAGCCCCAAUACAGAUGUCAGUGCCUUAGUAGAAGAGAUCCGGAAAGCAGAGCCUCUCAUCACAGCUUCACGAACAGAUCAAGUCAAACAUCUAAUAUUGAAAUUACAGGAUAAACUUGGACAACAGGGAGACCACAAAUUCUACCUUUUUAAGGUACUCAGAGCACAUAUACUACCAUUGACAAAUGUCGCAUUUAACAAAUCAGGUUCAUGCUUUAUUACCGGUAGCUAUGAUAGAACAUGCAAACUCUGGGACACUUCAUCAGGGGAGGAGCUGCAUACCCUGGAAGGUCACAGGAAUGUGGUGUAUGCCAUAGCAUUUAAUAAUCCUUAUGGUGACAAAAUCGCCACUGGGUCAUUUGACAAGACCUGUAAACUAUGGAGUGCAGAAACUGGAAAAUGUUAUCAUACUUUCAGAGGUCAUACAGCAGAAAUAGUGUGUUUGUCAUUUAAUCCUCAAAGUACAUUGGUAGCUACUGGAAGUAUGGACACUACAGCCAAACUAUGGGACAUUCAGAACGGAGAGGAAGUUGUCACUUUAAGUGGACAUUCAGCUGAAAUCAUCUCCUUAUCAUUUAACACCACAGGAAACAGAAUUAUCACUGGUUCCUUUGAUCAUACUGUUUCUGUAUGGGAUGUUGAGACUGGAAGGAAGAUUUAUACUUUAAUAGGUCAUCGUGCAGAGAUAAGUAGUGCUUUGUUCAACUGGGAUUGCUCUCUGAUUUUAACUGGAUCUAUGGACAAAACAUGCAUGCUCUGGGAUGUUUUGAAUGGGAAAUGUGUAGCAACUUUAACAGGUCACGAUGAUGAAAUAUUAGAUAUCUGUUUUGAUUAUACAGGACAGCUUCUUGCAACUGCUUCAGCUGAUGGAACAGCAAGAGUUUUUAGUGCUACGACAAGAAAAUGUAUUACCAAGUUAGAAGGUCAUGAAGGUGAAAUUUCAAAGAUUUCCUUCAAUCCUCAAGGAAAUCGUCUUCUGACAGGCAGCUCUGAUAAAACAGCUAGAAUAUGGGACUCUCACACAGGACAGUGCCUCCAAGUUCUAGAAGGCCACACAGAUGAAAUCUUCUCUUGUGCUUUCAACUAUAAAGGCAAUAUAAUCAUCACAGGUAGCAAGGAUAAUACCUGUAGGAUAUGGCGCUGA